AUGCCUUCAUCCUCCGCUCCUUCCUCACCCAAAGAAGUUAUCGUCAAAAUCGACGGCCAGGAUUCCUUCACGGAACCAACUAAAACCAGCGAAAAUACUAGUACUACUACUAAUGCCGGUAGACUGUUGAGGGACUCGAGUUACGAUUUCUCAAACGACGCCAUUAUGAGUGCUGCCGUGAACAACAAGGAUUUCGAUUUCGUGACCGAGCCUCCCCUAUCUCGUAUAGCAGAGAGUGUGAGUACCAACUACGGCCAGAGGACGCCGAGGGAGGUCCGCGUCCCGUUUAACGACAACACGGCGGAGACGGCAGCGGUUAAGGGCUCAAAGCGCAGCUCCAACGCCGAACUGGAGGAGGUUCUGGUUUUAGCAUCCUCGUUUCAAGUCAGCACAUUUUUUGAUCGGAUUCAGGAAUCUUUGUUUAAUCAGUAUGUCAUUGAGACGCUGUCUGGUCCACCAUUGAGUGAGAUUCAGCACAAGCAAGAAGAGGAGAAGGUGAUAGCUGAAGUUCAGAAGCUUCAGAGUGCUGGGGGGAAUAUCCAGGCCAAUCUCAAGGCAAACGUGUUUUCCAAAACUGGGAAAGUGUUUGGGACGCCCCGGCAGAGUCCCAUGGCUACAGAUGCAAAGAGUCAUGUGCUUUCUGGGAUAACGUCAAAGAUGGAAGAUGAGGCUGGUAUAACAAUUGAUCGUUUGCAUAGACUGAAUCAGAAGAAUAUUACAGCUCGGAAUAUGAAGAGGCUGAUUAAUAUUGUUCAGAAAGGUGUAUUAUCCACUGUGAACGAGCAAAUACAGGGCUCAACUGAUGAGGAUGAGUCAGCCGUGCAGAUCACUAGUGAAAAACAGGCAAAAGCUGCAGCCAAGAAGAUCUUCUACAAUGUGGUGAAGCCUGUAUCAAAAUUCAUUUACCUUGAGGAUUUGAUGCGCUUUAUGAGAGAGGAUGAGACUUUGAAGGCCACGCGCCUCUUUGAAGGAGCAAAUGAAAACAAGGGGAUAAGCAAACGAGCUCUUAAAAUUUGGUUGGUCAAUGCAUAUACAGAAAGGCGAGCCCUAGCUUUGUCUUUGAAUGACACAAAAACCGCUGUCAACAAACUGCACCUAAUACUGAAUGCCCUCGUGGGAUUGGUCAUAGUUAUCAUGUGGCUCCUUAUACUCAAAGUUGCGACCACACAGUUUUUCAUCUUCUUAAGCUCUCAGCUUAUUUUGGUUGUAUUCGUGUUUGGGAACACAUGCAAGACAACGUUUGAGGCUAUUAUCUUUUUAUUUGUGAUGCACCCGUUCGAUGUGGGUGACCGUGUUGAAAUUGAUGAAGUUCAGAUGGUAGUCGAAGAGAUGAACAUAUUGACAACAGUUUUUCUGAGGUUCGAUAACCAAAAGAUAUAUUAUCCAAACAGUGUCUUAUCCACAAAGUUCAUCGGUAAUUACUAUCGUAGUCCAGAUAUGGGUGAUGCAAUUGAUUUUGUUAUCCACAUUUCAACUCCGGGGGAGAAGAUUGCAACGAUGAAGGAAAGAAUAACAAGACAUGUAGGAAAUAGGAGUGAUCACUGGUAUCCGGAUCCACUAAUAGUCAUAAGAGAUGUGGAGGAUAUGAACACGCUAAAAUGGUCGGUAUGGCUUUCUCACACAAUAAAUCAUCAGGAUAUGGGUGAAAAGUGGUCAAGGAGAGCCCUUCUGCUCGAGGAGAUGGUUAAAAUUUUCCGUGAGCUUGAUAUUGAAUGCCGUUUGCUGGCUCAUGAUGUGAAUGUACGUAACAUGCCACCUUUGACUUCGACCAGGCUUCCUUCUACUUGGACCAUAUGUGCUCCUUGA